GGAGGCCGGAGGCGGGGCCGAGCCGGAGCCGGAGCCCGAGCCGGAGCCUGAGCCGGCGGUUGCAGCGGAGGCGGUGAUGUCGGUGCAGGUUGUGUCAGCAGCGGCUGCCGCCAAGGUGCCUGAAGUGGACCUGAAGGAUUUGAGCCCCUCUGAGGCGGAGCCGCAACUAGGACUGAGCUCGGCGUCAGUGGGCGCCAUGGCCCCUCCAGCAGGCGGCGGGGAUCCUGAGGUUCCGGCUCCAGCCGCGGAGCGGCCCCCGGCCCCUGGCCCGGGCUCGGGGCCCGCCGCCGCUCUCAGCCCUGCUGCCGGGAAGGUGCCUCAGGCGUCAGCCAUGAAGCGGAGCGACCCACAUCACCAGCAUCAGCGGCACCGGGACGGCGGCGAGGCCCUGGUCAGCCCCGACGGCACAGUCACCGAGGCGCCGCGCACAGUCAAGAAGCAGAUCCAGUUUGCUGACCAGAAGCAAGAAUUCAACAAGCGUCCCACCAAAAUUGGACGUCGCUCUCUCUCUCGUUCCAUUUCUCAGUCAUCUACUGACAGCUAUAGCUCAGCGGCUUCAUAUACAGAUAGCUCUGAUGAUGAGACAUCCCCCAGGGACAAACAGCAAAAGAACUCUAAGGGAAGCAGUGACUUCUGUGUCAAGAACAUCAAACAGGCAGAAUUUGGACGAAGAGAAAUUGAAAUUGCUGAACAAGAAAUGCCUGCACUGAUGGCUUUGAGGAAGCGAGCUCAAGGAGAAAAGCCUUUGGCUGGAGCCAAAAUUGUGGGUUGCACACACAUCACUGCGCAGACUGCUGUACUUAUGGAAACUCUGGGUGCUCUGGGGGCACAGUGCCGAUGGGCUGCCUGUAACAUCUAUUCCACUCUCAAUGAAGUGGCUGCUGCUCUAGCAGAAAGUGGAUUUCCUGUCUUUGCCUGGAAAGGAGAGUCAGAAGAUGACUUUUGGUGGUGCAUUGACAGAUGUGUGAAUGUGGAGGGCUGGCAGCCAAACAUGAUCUUGGAUGAUGGAGGGGAUCUUACUCACUGGAUUUAUAAAAAGUACCCCAAUAUGUUUAAGAAAAUCAAGGGCAUAGUCGAGGAGAGUGUUACUGGAGUCCAUAGGCUGUACCAACUGUCCAAAGCUGGGAAGCUCUGUGUCCCAGCCAUGAAUGUCAAUGACUCAGUCACCAAACAGAAAUUUGACAACCUGUACUGUUGCCGUGAAUCAAUUCUUGAUGGACUUAAAAGGACAACAGACAUGAUGUUUGGUGGAAAGCAAGUGGUAGUCUGUGGCUACGGAGAGGUUGGGAAGGGGUGCUGUGCUGCUCUGAAAGCCAUGGGCUCCAUUGUGUACGUUACUGAGAUAGACCCCAUCUGUGCCCUGCAGGCCUGUAUGGAUGGAUUUCGACUGGUGAAAUUGAAUGAGGUCAUCCGACAAGUGGACAUUGUUAUUACCUGUACAGGUAAUAAGAAUGUGGUAACCAGAGAACACUUGGACCGUAUGAAGAAUAGUUGCAUCGUUUGUAACAUGGGACAUUCCAACACGGAGAUUGAUGUGGCAAGUCUGCGGACACCAGAACUGACCUGGGAACGAGUGAGAUCCCAAGUUGACCAUGUGAUAUGGCCUGAUGGCAAGAGGAUAGUACUGCUGGCAGAGGGCCGUCUACUGAACCUAAGCUGCUCCACAGUGCCUACAUUUGUGCUCUCAAUCACUGCUACUACUCAGGCUCUCGCCUUGAUAGAGCUUUACAAUGCUCCUGAGGGUCGCUAUAAGCAGGAUGUCUACCUGUUGCCUAAGAAAAUGGAUGAGUACGUGGCAAGCCUACACCUGCCCACCUUUGAUGCCCACCUGACAGAACUGACAGAUGAACAGGCCAAGUAUCUGGGACUCAACAAGAAUGGGCCCUUCAAGCCUAAUUACUACAGGUAUUAAGUGCCUGUAACUCAAGCCAGAAGACAUUAUAAGGAAUAGAACUCCACACCUUUUCUCCACUACUAUCCAAGAAAGACCUUGCAAGCUGCUCCUUCAAUCAGCUGCCCGCCGUGCUCACCCUGUGUGUUAGGUUAUUUAUUUAUUAAAAUCUAGAAUCCUGUGCCUGUAGCCUUGGCCCAGAGUGUGGUUACUGCUCCGAGGGCCAUGAGAGCUACAGAGGACAGACUGAGGAAGGAAAGAAAUGGGGGACCCAUUCCUAAUGCAUCAUACACAUCAUUCCCCAUUGACUCUGAAUCCUCAGCAAUGGCCAUUUUUCUCAUGUUCAGGCUCAGGAGUUAGUCCAGGGAUUCCAGGCCUCCUGUUCCCUGGGUUUUCUGGAAUAAAGUUUUAGUAGCUGCCUUUCUUAGCUUUGGCCCUUCUCCAGGUAAGGCCUUUGGGAGCCACUGAAUUAACGUGACCUGAGUUCCCAGCCUUGACCAUCACUAUCACUGCCUUCUCUAUAAAAAGGCUAGUCAGGAAGGAGUGUUAAGGCCUUGGCAAACUGCAUUAAGAACUUAGCUGGGCCUGUGACUAUGCCUACUGGGGUGUCCUUCCUUACCCAGCAUUCCUUUCUUCUUGAAUAUUUAUGUCCAUUUUGAUGCUUUCUGGUUCCAAGAGGGAUAUACCUUCAUGAUCUCAUCAACAGCUCUGAUGUUUGUCAGACUUUUUUUUUUUUUUAAACCAUCUUUCCAACCCCAUCAAACUCUACUCAGGAAGUGAGAGCCAGUACCACCAGGACUCAUAGUUUUGUUUUAUUGUCAUUUUACUGGAUAUUUUCCCAGGAAGACCCCUUCAGAUUGGCACUGUCUCAGAAAAGGAGGGCUUGUUGUGGAACACUGCUUGCUUAAACUUUUGUUAUUAUCUAAAAAUACUUCUGAAACAAGUAGGGAAGGCUAUACUUUCCCAGGGAUUUAAAGGUUUAAGUCCUCCGAAAUGGGACAGGUGUUUUAGGCCCACUACUUGACACUCUUAAGAAGCAGGUAUGUUUGUUCCCAGAAAAGACUUGGCAGCUUGACUGGCUGAGGGGUAGAGAUGACACUAUAACCUGUAUCCAGAUGACCAAAGCUAGUUUGACUAGCUUGAACCUCAUCAUUCAUUUAUCCCUUUGGCCAUUGCCAUGGUAAAACCAACUACAGUUUGAUCAGUGGUCUUUGUUCAGCUGGCAUAUCUUUUGUGUUCUGACCUUUUUAAGAUUUCUGUUUCAGAGUUCAUUUCUUGAGUAACUCCAGCAUUAUAAAAAAUAUUAGUAAUGCAAGCAACAUGGAAUUUUAUAUCCCACCCAAAAGCUGAAUUCCUUUUAGAGGCUAACUUGCUGACUUAAAGGUUUCCAUUGGGACCACAUUAGUUCUAAGGAUUGAAAUCUGGAAUGACUCUAGGAAUCUUGAAUUAAAUAAGUCUCUCUUCCCUCAGCCAGCCCUAUUUAAUGCUUUCAUGUUUGUUUCCCAUUUUUUCCUUAUGAUGGUCUGCCUCAAAAGUCUCAAGACCAAGGUGACUCAAGGAAAUACCAGACCAUCCAGAGUUACUAAAACCUUCCCAUCCUGACCACCCUCUACCUCCACCCUGUUCAACUUCCCCUGGUCUUCACAUAUACCCUUAGAGCUAGUCUGGAAAUGUCCUUUGUUCUGGAGAUACGGAGGUAUAACUUGGUAGAUGGCUAUUUGCGCCAUUAAAUAAAAUAUAGACUCAGCCCAUUGAGUCUGGUUCUUCAGAGGCCGUUUCUUAGCACUAUUGGAAAAGUGCCACAUACGUGACUAUAUUCUAAUUUAUAAGGAAGACUAUAAAUGCUGAAACUUCUGCUAGACUAUUAAGUUCUUUUGCCUGCCCAGUUCUGAUGGUUGUAUUAAUUGGAUCUCUUUACCAAAAGAUUCAAAUCUUACCUCAUCUAUGUCCAGCAGAUUCCAUUAGACAUAUCUGGACUCUUGCCUAUUAUGUUCUUAGACCAAAAAUCAUAACCUGCUGUUUCCCAGCAAAGCCUUGCUCUCUGUGGAGCUUACUAUGUGCUGGUACUUUUAACACUCUGCCUCACGAUAGUGAAGACACUCACUCCAAAAUAGAAGAGGAGCCACAUGGGCUUCUAAGUUAGGUUGUCAGUGUUGCUGCCCAUGGUGAGCUAUUUGCCUCUGAGUUUCAGAUGACCUCCCUUCCUCUCUCUCUGGGGACCCUGUUUCAUCAACCAUUAAAAAGAAGGAGUCCCAGGCCUCCUAUUUGGAUUGUUUAUUAAUGUUGGAAUCUGAUCAUUAUUCCCUCUACCCUUGGAAUCAGAGCAAAUAUGUCUUCUUUCCUCCAGCCUCUCAUCUUAGAUGCGCCCUAGGUAUCAGGAGGCAUGGGAAAGAAGGCCAAUUAUCUCUUUGUAUGUGACCCUGGCCUGUGGGGAUACAUACCAUUUUAUCUUCAAUGAACUCAUGCUAGUUUCAAGGUCUUUUUGCCUUCUUAAUGGAAAUAUUCAAUUUCCUUUUUUUCUCACUGAGAAAAAAAUGCAUCUAGUCUACCUUCCCUCUGCCCUCCCAACUCCCCAUCCUACCUUCCCAAGUGAGCAUGGCUCUCUGUGGCCACACACUCCUGCAAAGCUUUUUUGCUGCUUGGCUUUUAUCUGAACAGAUCUGAAAUUGCUGCUCCUGUGGUUAUCUCAAAACUAACUUUGUCAUGGUUUAAAAAGAAUCAAAAUGCAUUGUUGCAUUAAGCUUUUUUAAUAAAGGAAAAUUAUGGAAAGAAAAUAGGCAACACCAGCAAAUUAUAUGUGGACAAGUCCUAAACUAUAUAUACAUAUAUAAAAAAUAAUCAUCUAGUUCUCACUAUCAUCUUAUUAAAAGGAACAAAAACUUCUAAGGAUCGCCAUUUCUGAGAAGCUCUUGGAAAUCUUUAUGUCUAAGUGAUUGUAUUAGAUCAGCAAUAAUGAUUAUGUAAUCUCAAAAGACAAAAUAAAAUAUUCUUAAAAUGGA